UAAGGUUUUGCGUGGUUUUACCUUAAAUAAACUGACAGCAUUGUUGACAUCUCGGAUUUCGAUUUGUUAUCAUUCGCAUUUUGGAGCAUUUUAGUGAUAACAAUCGUUCUACGAACCUGAAGUAUAUUUUUGUCUUAAGUUUUUCGGAGCCUUAACAUGGAGGAGCAAGUUGAUCAGAUUUUAGAUAAAGUAAUGGCCACUCCUGGAAAUCUUGGAUGUCUUCUAGCCAACAAUCAAGGGCUUUGUAUUGGCGCCCGGGGCAAUGCAUCGAAAAAGUCUGCUGGAAUUAUCGUCGCAAUUUCCGAGCAAGCAUCUCAGCUGGAUCCCAACUGUAAUGCACCAGUCGUAUCACUGGAAGUCGGAGAUAAAUUAUGCAUUAUUCAUAAGAAUGGUAUCACGGGAGCUGUGUAUAAACAAAAAUAAAUAAAUGAAGAUAUCAGUUAUAA